AUGUAAUGACCAGCGUGCCCAUUCUCCUCCGUCUUCCGUCUUCCGCAUUACGAACUUCUCCUUUCAGCCCCCUGAAACUCCAUCGCCAUUUUGCCCAAACCUCAAUGGCAAGCCAACCUGUGGACGAGCUCGGUGAUUACCCCGUGCCACUGUCUCCGCCUCUUCCUUCAUUAUCCAAGGACAUAGAGUUAAACAGGGCCUUGACGGCAUCCUCUAGAUCAGCGCUGUUUUCUCUAUCCAGGGACGACGUCAUCUUCGAAGACGAGUGGCUCGUCGCGGUCAACAAGCCUCGAGGAAUCUAUUGCGAAAGCGUAUUGUCCGCUGUCUUGAAUCUUCUAAUAACAGGCUCGGAUAACGAACUCAGUGCCAAACACCCUGAACUGCAUUUAGCUAACAGACUGGAUCGGGACACAAGUGGUGUAAUGGUAAUCACCAAGUCCCACAAAGUAGCUGCUAAGCUCGUUAAAGCAUUUACAGACCAUAAAGUUAGGAAAACAUAUCUUGGUCUGUGUGUAGGACAAGCACCUAAAUGGGGACAACUUGUCAUCCGGUCAGGACAUGGGCGGUCAAAACAUGGGGCAUGGCGUGUUUAUGCCACGUCUGAUGUGGGCCGGUCACUGCCAGGCGGAUCAGUCGUUAAAGACAUGGAGACCUCUUUCCAAGUUCUAUCUAUCAACGGGGUUCGACACCUAGAGGCCGAAAAAGAGGGAGAGUUAGAUGGAGAGAACGGGUCCUUAGUGGUUGUUGAAGAUAAAUCUAUGGUUGAUUUGGAUAUGAAGAAAGAUGUUGUUUUGAUUCGGGCAUACCCUCGGAGUGGAAGAACCCAUCAAAUACGCUUGCACUGUCAGUAUCUUGGGAUUCCAAUUAGAGGAGACGUAAAAUAUGAAGGAGUGUAUGAGUGGAAGGGUCAUACAUAUACUGGCCAUGAACUUCAUGCCGAAACAUUGUCAUUCACACAUCCUGUUUCUGGGCAACCUGUUUUGCUUAGGGCACCUCUGCCAUUAUGGGUAAACCAGUCAUACUGAUUGCUGUGGUAUACUAAAUUUCAGGAAUAUAUGUUUGUGUACAUAUGUUUCUAGUUUUCAUUGUUAUAAAUUCUGCCUUCAAGAUGGCGCAGGGUCGGUUGCUUGGGCAUGGUGUGGGGUAGUAUGGUUUCAUCUUCCUGAAAGGGGUAUUGAAUCAUGAUUAUUCAAAUGGUUUGGUAUAGUUUGGUUUAGUCCUAGAACUAGCUGGUAUUGUACCAUUUCAAAACAAGACUAUGCAAAUUAUCAUACCAAUGCCAAACCAUACCUAUUUAUUGAAGAAAACAGAAGUGCCAUAACAAACAAUUUUGGAGUUUCCUGUCCAUCAAUGACAAAAUGAGAUCUUAUAAAGAAUCUGGAAAGUGAAAACCGCAAAGCUCUGUCUGGGGUAAAGGAAACACCACAGUCCAAAUAUAAUGGCUUCUGGAGUUCUGGUUAUAGAAACAUGUUUAACAGUUUAAGAUUUCACUCAAGAAUCAGAUUAUUACCUUAGGACGUAGUCUUUGUACUUGCUCUGUAUUCUUCAUGACACUUCAAGUUGCAUGACAGACCCUCAAAGUAUUCAGGCUACAUGAGUACAUGACAGUUGACUUAUGUGCUAUUAUUGCAGUCAAUGACCGGAACAGAAAUGUCAAGUUUUAAAUCCAACCAAAUUAAGGUCCAUAUUGGCAAAGACAGUUUACUAUAA